UAGUGAUCUCAUUAUUAGCAUCUGAAAAUAAAUUUAUUUGGCUGAAAAUGGGGAAGAAAGGAAGUGGUAAUUGGUUUUCCACUGUGAAGAAAGUCUUUAUUAAACCUUCUUCUAAGGAUUAUUCACCAGCAGAUCAUAAAAAGGAAAAAUUACAGAACCAAUGGCAAGAUGAAGCUCCAGAAGUUGUCUCAGUUGUACAAUUUCCAGCAGAGAGUUCUUCAGAUCUUACCAAUAAUCGAGAGAGCAAUGACAAUUCAUCAUCUUCGUUGGCUGAAGAUCGAAAUCAUGAUAUUCAUGUCAUCGAAGCCACUGUUGCGGUUGUUGAAGUAGCAACUUAUACGGCCCCAAAAAUUGUGAAAUUAGAUGGAUACAACAAAGAGGAAAUUGCUGCCACCCUAAUUCAAUCAUAUUACAGGGGAUAUCUGGCAAGACGUGCUUUGCGUGCCCUUAGGGGAUUGGUGAAGCUGCAAGCGCUAGUGAGGGGGCAUAGUGUGCGGAAACAAGCGCAAAUAACAAUGAGAUGUAUGCAAGCAUUAGUACGGGUACAGUCAAAAGUACGUGCACGAAGACUCCAGUUGCUGCAGAGCAAGGUGGAAGAAGUAAAAUUGCGCUCGAUUAUUAGAGAAGACCAGCACAAGAACAAGAUCCUGUCUAACAAACAAGAGACAGAAGGCUGGGAUAACAGGAACCAAAGCAUUGAAAAGAUCCUACAAAACACUAGAAGAAAACAACACGCUUAUCAGCAACAACAGAAAUGGUUGCACUCUGAUCCAGAUGAUGAUGAAGAAUGUUUUUGCAAUGAGCAUGAAAAUCCACAACAAAGUUGGAAUUGGCUUGAUAGAUGGAUGGCUUCUCAACGAGAAGGCUCCUAUGUGUCAUUGUCCAUCACAGAUGACAUAUCAGAGAAGACAGUAGAAUUGGACCCAUUGGGCUCAGAAGAUGUCAACUUAGCCCAUCACAUUCUCAGUCCAGUUGAAAGAAGCCCAUAUUCAUCCACUCAGUCCAACAUGGAUUCUGUCCCUAGCUACAUGGCUCCAACUAAAUCUGCAAAAGCAAAAAUAAGAAGCCCAGGCCCAAUAAAACCUAAAAGCCCACCAGGAGUGGCCCAAUGGAAUGCAACACCGAAGAAGGUGACAACCCGUAGGUGGAGCUAUGAUUCAUCUGCGAGAAGCCCAAACGCGAAAACUUCUGCUAAAUGGAUGGCAACCUAUAGCCCAGAAACACGUGUACACGACAGGGCCUCACCUAUGGGAGCCCCUGCUUGCAGAUAUAAUUAUUAUAAUUAGAUAUUCUUGCACAAGUUCAAAUAAAUGGAUAUUUUAAAUAUGCAAAUGUUAUGACAUAAUUAUAUAUGUUCAGUACACUAGAAAUAAAUCUUCAUUUUCUUCUUGA